CAUUUGUGUCUUCGGUCCCCAAGUCCGAGCGGCUUCAGCUGUACCUGCCCCACAGGUAUCAACCUGCUGCUUGAUGGCAAGACAUGCUCACCAGGAGGAUUGAUGUUCGCAUGGUCUCCUUGGACAUCCCUUAUUUUGCUGAUGUGGUGGUACCCAUCAACAUGACCAUGAAGAACACCAUUGCCAUUGGAGUGGACCCGCUGGAAGGAAAAGUGUACUGGUCCGACAGCACACUGCACAGGAUCAGCCGUGCCAGCCUGGAUGGCUCACAGCACGAGGACAUCAUCACUACAGGUUUGCAGACCACAGAUGGACUUGCAGUGGAUGCCAUCGGCCGGAAAGUGUACUGGACGGACACGGGAACGAAUCGGAUUGAAGUUGGCAACCUGGAUGGGUCUAUGCGGAAAGUGUUGGUGUGGCAGAACCUUGACAGUCCCCGGGCCAUUGUGCUAUACCAUGAAAUGGGGUUCAUGUACUGGACAGACUGGGGGGAGAAUGCCAAACUAGAGCGUUCUGGGAUGGAUGGCUCAGACCGUACUGUGCUCAUCAACAACAACCUAGGGUGGCCUAACGGACUGACUGUGGACAAGACCAGCUCCCAACUGCUGUGGGCUGAUGCCCAUACUGAGAGAAUUGAGGUGGCUGACCUGAACGGUGCCAAUCGGCAUACAUUGGUGUCACCAGUGCAGCACCCAUAUGGCCUCACUCUGCUUGACUCUUACAUCUACUGGACCGACUGGCAGACCCGUAGCAUCCACCGGGCCGACAAGAGUACUGGCAGCAAUGUUAUCCUCGUGAGGUCCAACCUGCCAGGCCUCAUGGACAUCCAGGCUGUUGACCGGGCACAGCCACUGGGUUUUAAUAAGUGUGGUUCGAGAAAUGGCGGCUGCUCCCACCUCUGUUUACCUCGGCCCUCUGGUUUCUCUUGUGCCUGCCCCACUGGCAUUCAGCUGAAGGGGGAUGGGAAGACCUGUGACCCCUCUCCGGAGACCUACCUGCUCUUCUCUAGCCGGGGCUCCAUUCGCCGUAUCUCACUGGACACCGAUGACCACACAGACGUGCAUGUCCCUGUUCCUGGGCUCAACAAUGUCAUCUCCCUAGACUAUGACAGUGUGGAUGGAAAGGUCUAUUACACAGACGUGUUCCUGGAUGUUAUCAGGCGAGCAGACCUGAAUGGCAGCAACAUGGAGACUGUUAUUGGGCAUGGGCUGAAGACCACUGAUGGGCUGGCAGUGGACUGGGUUGCCAGAAACCUGUACUGGACAGAUACAGGCCGAAAUACCAUCGAAGCAUCUCGGCUAGAUGGUUCCUGUCGCAAAGUGCUAAUCAACAUCAGUCUGGACGAGCCCCGGGCCAUUGCUGUUUUCCCCAGAAAGGGGUACCUCUUCUGGACAGACUGGGGCCACAUUGCCAAGAUUGAACGGGCAAACCUGGAUGGUUCUGAGAGGAAGGUCCUCAUCAACACAGACCUAGGCUGGCCCAAUGGCCUUACCUUGGACUAUGAUACCCGCAGGAUCUACUGGGUAGAUGCACAUCUGGAUCGGAUUGAGAGUGCUGACCUCAAUGGGAAGCUGAGGCAGGUCUUGGUCAGCCAUGUGUCCCACCCCUUUGCCCUCACACAGCAGGACAGGUGGAUCUACUGGACAGACUGGCAGACCAAAUCCAUCCAGCGUGUGGACAAGUACUCAGGCCGCAACAAGGAGACAGUGCUGGCCAAUGUGGAGGGACUCAUGGAUAUCAUCGUGGUGUCCCCUCAACGGCAGACAGGGACCAAUGCCUGUGGUGUGAACAAUGGUGGCUGUAGCCACCUCUGCUUUGCCAGAGCCUCUGACUUUGUGUGCGCCUGUCCUGAUGAGCCGGACAGUCAUCCCUGCUCCCUCGUGCCUGGCCUCAUGCCUCCUGCUCCCAGAGCUACCAGCCUGAAUGAAAAGAGCCCGGUGCUCCCCAACACGUUGCCCACCACCUUACAUUCUUCUACCACCAGGACCCGCACAUCUCCAGAGGGGGCAGAAGGAAGAUGCUCUGAAAGGGACGCCCAGCUGGGCCUCUGUGCACAUUCCAAUGAAGCUGUACCUGCUGCUCCAGGUGAAGGACUGCAUGUCAGCUACGCCGUCGGUGGACUCCUCAGCGUCCUGCUGAUUUUGUUGGUGACUGCAGCUUUGAUGCUAUACAGACACAGAAAAUCCAAAUUCACGGAUCCUGGAAUGGGAAACCUGACCUACAGCAACCCCUCCUACCGAACUUCCACUCAGGAAGUGAAAAUUGAAGCAGCUCCCAAGCCAGCCAUGUAUAAUCAGCUGUGCUAUAAGAAAGAGGGUGGACCUGACCACAGCUACACCAAGGAGAAGAUCAAGAUUGUAGAGGGAAUUCACCUCCUGGCUGGGCAUGAUGCUGAAUGGGGUGACCUCAAGCAACUGCGCAGCUCCAGGGGGGGCCUUCUACGGGAUCACGUAUGCAUGAAGACAGACACGGUGUCCAUCCAGGCCAGCUCUGGCUCCCUAGAUGACACGGAGACAGAGCAGCUGCUGCAGGAAGAGCAGUCUGAGUGUAGCAGUGUUCACACUGCAACCACUCCAGAGAGACGGGGCUCUCUGCCAGACACAGGCUGGAAACAUGAACGCAAGCUCUCCUCAGAAAGCCAGGUCUAAGUGCCCACAUUCUCUUCCCUGCCUGCCUGUUCGUUCUCCUCUGUGGACUUCUGAUCCUUGUGCUCACAUAGCAAUGGGUCCUUUCCCGUGCACUCAUCUUCCUCCUCCCACCCAAAAGUGUUCCCACGACCCCAUAGAACCUGUUACUCACCUGAGUCCGAAACUACCUGGGGACAAGAAGUGAGGGCACAUCUCAAGAAUUUAGACCUGGAUUUUACCAUGAACUUCACCUCUUGCACUCUAUCCUGGGCCCCCUGAAGCUGGGCUCAGCGUAAUACCUUGUCAGCACAGCGUCUUCCUUUGCCCUGGCUGGCAUCCUAUGUGUCUGCCCACAGCACCGAUGCAAUUGGUGAUGUAAGACUUUGGUCUUCCCCAUCACAGCUGACAUGAUGGCCUCUCUGUGAACUGGCCUACCAGGGGCUGGGACUGGAGGUCACAGGUAAAAGGUAAUGAAUGGAUGGAGGUUGAGAGAAGGAAGAACCAGCCCAGCUGGUCUGGGUGUUUGGGAAACCUCCAGCCUCAAGUGUUGGUAACUAUGAAAAACCUUUGGGGGAAGGCACUUGAGCCCUGGGAUCUUGUCCACUGCUGGCAGUGGACAUUCUCCUCACCCAGGAGUCCUCACCCAGGUGAAGUGUGGGUAUGGCCUAAGUUCUUCUUCCUCCUGCUGGAAUGUCUGGGGCCACUAUCUACCUUCAAUAACUGGAGGCCUCUGUCAUGGCAACUCACUAAUAGGAAUUCCCUCCUGGUGCUGCUACUGGCCAGUACUUUUCUUAAGCCUUUAACUAUGCUGUGAGCUUGAGUGAACAUUGGUCGGGCCUUGGAGAGUAGGCCUCUAGAACGUUUAAGAAGCUCUGCAAAGAUCAAGCACAGUAUCUUACCUGAGCCUCACUACUCUGCCCUUUUCUCUCCCAUUCUCUGGGAUUCUAAGGGAAGCAAUUCUAUCACAGCCUUUCAAAGAAUGGCUAGACAUUUUCCUAAAUGGUCAGGAAGAGCAACUAGAGAGACACAAGACACCCAGGGGCUCAGGAGAAGUAUCAUGAGGUUGAACUUCUUGAGUUCAUUCUCAGGUGCUCAGGGACCCAAGCCUGGGGCACUAAGGUGGUAAAGGUCAUGUGCCAACUCUUCUCAGCCUCUGCCCACACUAAAGUGCCACCAUUAGCUGUAUGCUUCUUUAGGCCAAGGGCUUCUCUCAGGGGAGCUGAGAGUUUUUUUUAGCUGCCCUAGAAUUUCAUCCUAGUGUUUCACUUCUGAGAGAGGGGAAUCUAGACUUGUUUUCUCUAACCGAUCCUGUAUCACCUUGGUCUCCAUUGUCCAGUGAUGAAGAUGCAAAGUGGUGAGCAGGGAGUGGAGAGGUGGUGAGAUUAGGUCCAGAGCAAGUCCAGGCACUUCUCCAUAGAAACUGAAGCACAGGAGAGAUUGACAGGAGCUGAACAUGGCGGGGAGGGUUUUUAGGGGAAGUUUUCUGACUUAAAACAUCUUUCAUGGUUAUUGCUACACAGAGAUCAGCAGCCAGGCAUAUGCAUGAAAAACAGGACAAGAUCAAAUCUUUUCUGGUCAGUUAUUAGGAGUAGGAGACAGAUGUCAAACCAUUAGUCUUGCUGUCACUAGCUAGGCCCAGGUCUAUGACUACACAUAGAGAACCAGGCCAAAGGCCUUUUCCAGUACACCGACUGAGAAAAGUACAGUGCCAUUUUUAAGAGGAAAGACAGACAUUUCACACAGAAUGAGGCAACAUUUGAGCCUUUAAACCCGUAGCUGGGGAGGAGGAAGAAAACAGGAGUGUGGUGUCCUCCUGAGUGGAAAGGGCAAGGUUCUUAUUGCACUCGGGCUGUUCAGAAUGUAGAAAGGACGCAUUUGAGGGAAUAUCUAUUUGAGCACUGAUUUACUCUGUAAAGAGGGCAAAAUCUCUCUGUCCUAAACUAAUGGAAGUGAUUUUCCCAUGCUCAUGUGUAAUGACUUUAACAUUACUCACUGGAGAGGUUGGACUUUCUGGAGUUAUUUAACCACUAUGUUCAGUAUUUUAGGGCUUUAUGAUAAUUUAAUAUAAAUUUAGCUUUCUUAAUUA